AUGGCUUCCUCCUACAGCAUCUCAUCCUCCCUCAAUCGAUCAAGCAAGAAAUCCACAGUGAAUGAUCCAAAAACUUGUGAUUGUGGGUUCCCUGCACGUAUUCUAACAUCAACAACACCAAAGAAUCCAGGGAGGCAUUUCAUGGUGUGCAAUGAAGGUAAAUGCAAAUAUUGGAAAUGGUUGGAUGUAGAACUUGUACAGAUGCCUCUGAUGGAAGUGGUGGAGGGAAUGAAAGCUGAAUUAGUAGCAUUGAAGACCGAAGUAGAGAAGGUGAAGGAAGACAUGGAACAGAUGAAGAAGGAAAAGUACUCUGAUGUCAUUGCAAUGAAGGAGAAACUAUAUAAGUUUACCAUUGGAUUUCUUUUUCUGAUCAUCGUGUAUAUGAUGAAAUGA